UACAAUUACGCUCACCGCAUCGACGGCGACGGCGUGUGGGGCGGUACUUGGGCUGUUCUUGCCUGGCUCCGCGAGACUGUGGUUUCUUGGGAAGACCUCGAGCAGGUACCGCACCGCGGCGGAUGUGGCCUUGUGCCGGGGGACCGAGCGACGUGUCCGCAUCAUGCGCGGGCGGCGGAGUGCGCGGCAAUGUCGCGGCGCAGGUUCGCGAGUCUCGCCCUCAAGUCCACGAGCACGUCCGUCGGCUGCGUCGUCGGCGGCGCGGCGGCGGGGACGGUCGCCUCCUCGGCCGUGAAGGCGCCGUCGAAGGCGGCCGCCGCGGCCACGUUCGCGGUGGCAGACGCGGCGGCGGCGACUUUGGCGGCGGGAUUCUUGCGCGGCUUGCCGUUGUUUGGCCGCUGGCGGUUCGCCCGCUGGACGCGCUCCUCCAUCGACCUGCGCGCCUGCGUUUGCCUCCUCUUGAUUUCUUCUAACGCUUGGCGGCCGCGGCCCGCCUCGGCCAGCACGAAGUAGCUGGAGAGGAGCAAGAAGACGUAGACCGUGCGGGGGCAGCCCAUGGUGGUUGAUAGGAUGCACUGUCUGUCUUUGACAACACACA